GGAAGCGGAAGCGGGAGACGGUUUCCGAGGAGCCCGGUAUAAAGCGGCCGCUGGUGCCCGGUGCUGCUCGCCGCGCUUGUGCCGCCGUGAGUGACCUCACCCCUCCCUCCUCCCCCCCACCCUCCCUGCGGGUGCUGCCGCCUCCCCCGCCGCACGGAGCAGGUCCCGGGUGCAGGGGGAGACCCGGGGGCAGAUUAAUCAGCCACUCGAUGGGGAUUAACAGUGGAGCACCUCUUUGUGUCGCCUUUCCACCUCUCUGUAGCAAAAAUAACAACUUCAGCACUUCUUCAAUAAUAAUUAUGAAACUGGUAUUAACUGAAUGGCAAUUAUGGAUUUUUAACUCUAACUCGCAGUAAACCAGCAAGCCAUAUGUUGAAAUUCCUACCAAAUAGCUUUUCGUUCUUGAUGUCUCAUAUCUGUACAAGAAGUUACAAGAUACCUGUUUGUACAAGAGGAAUAUAAGCAUUACUUGCCUGAGGAACAGAAGCUGAAAGAGAAGACACCCUAAUUUGUUUGUGGAGUUAUGGUAGUGUUAUUUAUAUAGCUAUAACAAAUAUAUAUAUAUAUCUAUAUAUCUAUUUUUAUGGUAAUGAAAAUGGCUCCCCAGAAUGCUGACUCGGAAUCUAUGCAAGUUCAAGAUCUACCUGUGGCACAGCUUCAGAAACCAGAAAACAAGGAGAAUGAAAGCAGGGAGGAGACCAUUAGUGAAGGAUCCAUAUACCGGAUACCAAUACGCCUGUGGGUGAUGCACGGUGCAGUAAUGUUUGGCAGGGAAUUUUGUUAUGCCAUGGAGACAGCUUUGGUAACACCUGUAUUGUUACAAAUUGGUCUUCCUGAACAAUACUACAGCCUCACUUGGUUCCUCAGCCCUAUCCUGGGCUUGAUCUUCACUCCGCUUAUAGGUUCGGCUAGUGACCGCUGCACACUGAGCUGGGGCCGCCGGCGGCCUUUUAUUCUUGCUCUCUGCAUUGGUGUCCUCUUUGGAGUUGCACUUUUCCUUAAUGGUUCUGUUAUAGGUCUGGCUAUCGGCGAUGUCCCGGACAAGCAGCCCAUUGGUAUAGUUCUCACGGUGCUGGGUGUUGUGGUGCUGGACUUCUGCGCUGAUGCAACCGAAGGGCCCAUUCGGGCUUACUUGCUGGAUGUGGUGGACAGUGAAGAGCAAGACAUGGCCCUUAACAUCCACGCCUUUUCAGCCGGUCUCGGAGGAGCGAUCGGUUAUAUGUUAGGAGGGCUGGACUGGACACAGACCUUCUUGGGGGGUAUUUUUAAGUCUCAAGAGCAAGUCCUUUUCUUCUUUGCAGCCAUUAUUUUUUCUGUCUCAGUUGCUCUCCACCUUUUUAGCAUUGAAGAAGAGCAAUACAACCCUCAGCAGGACAGGAUCGGUGACGAAGGAGACACCCUUUCCAGCGUCAAAUUCAGCAGCAGUGUCCCCCCUCUGAACCGACUGAAUGUGAUCAGCGAGGAGGAGCCGUAUGGCGCCUCCAUGUUCCACGACGAGGUUCAGUCAGAGCAUGACCUCAACUUGGAGUUCCUCGAGGUGAACAUCGUGAGAAGCAAGAGCGACUCAGUUCUGCACAUGCCCGAUGCGACGUUGGAGAUGGAAUCGGAGCUGCUUUUCCUGCACGACAUCGAACCCUCCAUCUUCCAGGACUCUUCGUAUCCAAACACUCCCCACAACACCAGCCAGGAGAUCAUGAAAUCCAAACUCAACCACCUGUCCGCUUUCCUCAGGGACAGCGAGAAAGAAGAGGAAAUGUUGCUCGAUAAUCGCUUAAACAAAGACAAAGCCCCGAACGCCAACGGCUCCCUCCCAAAAGAGUUCCUCAACGGGCACGCCAGGAUAGGCAUGAAGCAAUCCAGCACCUCCAACUCCAUGCGGAGGCGGAGGCACAUGUUCUACCGGCAGCCGUCUUACACCUUCUCCUACUACGGCAAAAUCGGCUCCCACUGCUACCGCUUCCGGCGCGCCAACGCCAUCGUGCUCAUCAAAUCCUCGCGCAGCAUGAACGACAUCUACGACAUGCAGAAACGGCAGCGGCAGCGCUACAGGCACCGCAACCAGAGCGGCGCCACCAACUCCAGCGGCGACACCGAGAGCGAGGAGGGCGAAACCGAAACCACCGUCAGGCUCCUGUGGCUGUCCAUGCUCAAGAUGCCGAAGGAGCUGCUGAGACUGUGCGUCUGUCACCUCUUGACGUGGUUUUCCAUCAUUGCUGAAGCUGUGUUCUAUACGGAUUUCAUGGGACAGGUCAUCUUUCAGGGAGACCCAAAGGCCCCUUCGAACUCAACCGAGUUACACGCCUACAACGCUGGGGUUCAGAUGGGAUGCUGGGGACUGGUAAUUUAUGCUGCUACUGCUGCUGUUUGUUCAGCCUUAUUGCAGAAAUACUUGGACAACUAUGACCUUAGCAUAAAAGUGAUCUACAUCCUGGGCACGCUGGGAUUUUCUCUGGGCACUGCAGUGAUGGCCAUGUUCCCCAACGUGUACGUCACCAUGAUCAUGAUCAGCACGAUGGGAAUAGUCUCCAUGAGUAUCUCCUACUGCCCCUACGCGCUUCUGGGACAAUACCAUGACAUUAAAGAGUACAUCCACCACAGCCCCGGGAACUCGAAGCGAGGCUUUGGCAUCGACUGCGCCAUCCUCUCGUGCCAGGUUUACAUCUCGCAGAUCCUGGUGGCCUCCGCGCUCGGCGGCGUGGUGGACGCCGUCGGCACCGUCCGAGUCAUCCCCAUGGUGGCAUCUGUGGGAUCCUUCCUGGGCUUUCUGACAGCUACUUUCUUGGUGAUUUACCCCGAAGUCAACGAAGAGCCAAAGGAAGAGCAGAAAGGGCCUCCCGAGGCAGCCGAGGGCGCGGAGAAGCCGCCGGUGCUGAAGCUGACGCGCAAAGGAGCGGCGGCGGAGCCGGUCAGCGAGUCGGCCCUGAGAACAGAUUAGGAUCCUCGCUCCUCGUCGCUGAAUCCACAGAAGAGAAAAGGCAGGUCCGGCGCAGGAGGCUGUCGCCCUUCCCGCUGGGUUGAGCAGGUAGCUCCCUCGCUAAUUGCUUUCUCUGCAACGUAGAAACGUCACUGCUGAACGCUUCUUUUUAUCCAGAAUACAUUUAGGUUUCGACUGAGUUCUAUUAAUCUGCAUGAGACUCACAGUGUAUACAAUUAGCAGGUAGAAAAACAUGACGUUUUCAGCUGUCUUUGAACUAAGUGGCAAUGGAAGCUCUGCUGACUCACGGUCUCUCUCGCUGUUUGUUUUGUCUGACCUUUCAGAUCUCGCUGCUGUAAGAGCUGAAUCAAACACUUAAGACACGUCUCGAUCCAUUUCUCUCACGAGCAUGUUGUUAGUGGUCUGACAGCUAGGGCUCCUUAACUGUUUGGUUUAGCUUUGGUGUUUCUGUUAGUGCAAUUGCUACGGAAGGGUUUUUAUUUGGGAGUGACUUGCAAGAAAAAAAACAACAGGUGGUUUCCAAGAAACCUCCCUGAAUCCGUUGUAGUUGUUAAGCCCAACAACCCCCACUGUCUGCUGCCUGUUCAGGGUGGCUCUGGGUGCAGGAUUAGGUGAAAGGAGAAGCAACUGGGAGAGGUGCCCAGCGCUGGCAGGUUCUUCUUGCACGUGCUGGGUUGUGUGGCUGGAAUACGCUGGGACAGUUUGUAGCCAGGAGCUUUGCGUGCUGGGGAACUUGGGGAAGGGGGUUCUUGGCAUGUCAACCUGAUCAUCUCUGGGUGAAGCUGCCAUGGAGAAAGGGAUGUGUCUGGGGUCAGCUUUGUUGGGGUUCUGUCUCAUGGGGUAAGGAAGUCGCUGAUUAAUUGCACUUUUAAUGAUCUUUUAACCUCCUGGCCGGGAGCAGCAGCCAAGGGAAGGGCACAGUGUCAGUACAAGGUAAACCAGAGGCCUACCUCUGUCACCUUAGGGCAUGGUCUGGGUGUAUGAAAAUCUGUCAGAAACAGGUUUUAGGCCUCACAAUUCAAUCCACUAGCACGUGGUGCUGUUCCAGUCCCUGGGCUGGGAGGAACUGCAGGCUGGAGCUCUUCCAUGGAGCUGCUGUACCCGUGUCGUCAGCACAACCUCCACGCCCCUCCCUUGAUUCAGGACAUAGCUGCAGUGCAAAGACAUUUUUCUGUGAAGAGUUGCAAAAGAGUCCUGCUAAUCUGAUUUCAAGUAGAGUUUGGAUCCUGGCAGGGUGCCCCCAGCCCACGGGCAGCCAAAGCUCAGAGAUCCAGCAGCCGUUGAAAGAAACUUUAGCAACCGAACUCGCGUUGGUCGUCUCAGAAGCGUUCGUGAUGCUGUUCACUCACCCCCGCAUGGACCUCAGGCUGCAGCCCAUCCCAGACAAACCCCAGCCCUUGUAAGAUUUCUGCUGCCUCAGACUUCUCAUACUAAACUGCAUGUGUCAAUCAUGCUUCAAUAUAGUCAGUCAGAGGAAGAGUGACCUAUUUCGAGACGAAAAGCCGGUUUGAAUAAAUUACUUGAAUCGUCCAUGUAUUUAAGCAAUGGAUGUUCUGGUGUGUUUGAAGUUAUCCCACAGCCUUGGCUGGUGCUGCUGGCAAAUCCCUGCUGGUACACGUGGCUGGCUGAGCUGAGGGCUCUCAGCUGUGCCCACAUCCUCUGCUCUCCAGGCUGACAACGUUGGCUCCGGGCUGCCGAAAUCGCCGAGCGCUCCAGUACCUGUAGUCACACAGGACUUAGGGGAUGGGGAGGGGAGGGAGGGGUUUUUGUUUCAAGUGUCUUGAGAAAAACAGAUUCCUUUCAUAUUUUUCUUUCUUUAAGGUGAAUAUUAUUUCGAGCACAUACUGUGAACUGUGUUCAGGCAGGGGAAUAGUACUACUGAAGAAUAAGAGGCGUUGUUGAAGAAACCAGUUGUGAGAAAUGCUUUCACUCAACUUCUGCCGUGAAUUUGAUCAUCUCAAUUACAUUUAAUGUAUUCUGGUGAUGCUCGUUAGGUAACAGAGAUGAGUUGUGUUUCACCCCAUAACUGGCAUUCAUGUAAAAUACACACCCACUUAGGUAGCUUGAAAGUGGCUUUAGGAUUUUCCUUUUUUAAAGCUCCUUGAAGAUUCUGCUUUUGCUUCAACAAACUCUGUCAAGUUCUCCUUAUUUUAAUCUCUGUUUCUAGAAAGGUUCUUCCACACCUUAAAAUCCUGCAUCUUCUGAGGGGUGCCAGCCAUAAUGACCCUUUUCCCCAGGAGCUUCAGGGGUGUUUCAGUCACACUUUUGUAAGCAGAGCUUUCCUUCAUCGAGCUGACCAAGGCAUAGCUGUGAAGAGGGAGGUGAAGUUGAAGCUUCCUCAGAGGGGAUGUGAAAGCAUUUCAAAGGAUGAGCUCACGUGCAUUUAUUCAGCUUUCUCAGUCAGGGGGAGGGUGAGGAGGGAGGAAAGGCAUUUCAGACCCAGAAGGUUUCUAUCAGAGGCAGGGCAGGUCUGAUUUUGUCCCAUCCAGCUGUUGCUGUGGCCUCAUUGCUGAGAAUUCACCUUAAAAUCCAUGUUUGGGGUUGUGUCCAGCGCUGUUUGGUGCCCACGGUUAGCCCAUAACCACACGUAGCAGGAAGCUCUGUGACACCCAGCUGUGAUGCUGAAGGAAAUGGUUCUCCAUUGGGAAUGGGGUGAAGGAUUUGUGGUGUUGCCAGGAAGACCCAGCGAGGGGAGCAGCAGUAGUGUGGUGCAGAGUUCAUUUCUUUCUUUAUGUGUCCCCUACCUUCUGGUACCCAAAUGACUUUGGUUGUAAUUAAAAGUAGGAAGAUUUUCUGUGUUUGUUGUAGGAAGAGAGGGCUGAAGGGGCUUUAUUUUCUCCCUGGUGCCAGUCAGCAGAGUCUCCUGUUGCUCUGUGUUCAUGUACGGUCAGAUUCACCCCGUGUGCUCCAUCUCUUUGGACCUUUCCCACCAGAGGCUUAAGGUGUAGCAAUUUCCUUCUGUGUUGCUCUGUAUCGUGUUCUGGUGGUGUGGAACACCUUGGACAUGAGGCAGCAUCAGUCAUUCACAUUCUCAAGCGUUGCACAUCCCCUGUGAGAGCAGAGAAGCUCCAGCUCCCACUUCAGCUCGGGAGGGCGGAGCGUGGGCUUUGCAGCAUCGGGUUCUUGCAAGAGGCCGGUGGGGUCUGUGCCCUUGGGGGAUGGCAAUUUCAGAGUCCAGAAGCAAUAAUUUCUUAGGAAUGUUUCUCUUCCUGCUGGUUUGAUGAUUUUCAUGGAGAUUUAUUACCUAAACAAGCUUUUAAGGACAGGAAUGUGGUGGUUUGCUAGCGCUGGCAGUCAGCAGUUAGGGAAAGCUGCGAGUUGGUGAUCGGCAGGGAGGAGGAAGGCGGUGAACCCCAGGGGGGUUCAUGCUCCCUGAUACACCCAGCAUCCUUCAGUCCCUGCCACCCACUCUCCUUCAGCCCCUGAGACUUGGAGGGGGGGGUUCAGGUGUGUGUGUAUAUACAUUUAUAUACACACUGCUCGGGCCAAAAUCUCUUUGGUGGUUUGUGUGCUUGUUGUCACCGCACUCGAUGUUUUCAACUGAGUUCUUCCAGGUUUCCCUCAUCCCAGUGCCAGGCCAGACGAGCUCAGCUAGAAAUGUGUAUCCUAUUGAAAUGAAUAAGUGAAACUCCUGCAUGAUGUUUCCAAGCACAUGUAGCAGCUUUCGGCCUCUGUUGUGAAAGACAGGUCGGGUUUAGUUGCAGCUGUUUUCCUCCUCCUUUCCUUUUCAAUAGGCCAAAUAAAUGUAAGAGACACCAAAUGUUGCACAGAAAUGUUACUGAUGACUGUGUAGAAGAAAUACCAAAUGUUAUUUUUUCCUUUGCAGAAACUUUUAUGGUUACAGAGAGUCCUCUAAAGCUGUUAUUUCUUCCUUAAACGACAAAGCUGAACGUUUGUAAAGUGCGUCAGAAAUGGUCAUUGUUGUUUCCAACAAGUGGAGCUACCCAAAGUUUUCUGUUUCUCAUGUUGCAUCCAGAAGGAGCCGUGAGCAGAGGCUCAGAGAUCUGCUGCUGCUGCUCUGCUGCCCAGGCCCAGCAGCCCCAGACCCUGGGGAAAGGCUCCGUCGCCUUUUCAGUCCCGUGUUUCCAGGUUUUCAUUGCCAUGGAAAUCAUCUCCUGGCAAACCCCUCUUGAUUGGGUUUGGUUCCUCACCCCUGUUACCCCCAACCUCCCCUCGCCCCGGGGAGCACGAGGGGCAAAUCCCUUCCCCCUCCCCACAGAGCAAUCUGCUGAAAUGAAGGUGCUUCCACCUGCCCCGUGAGCUGCUCAGAGCCCAGGCCACGCUUCCAUUUGACACACUCCCACACAUUCCUCCUUCACUUCUGAAGCUGGUGGCAGAGCUCUGGGUGCAUUUAGCCAAACUGGACAUCCCUUUAUUCAACCCCUGCCAUCCUUAGCAAUCACCACACUGCAGUAAACAGCCCCCAGAAAAACCCCACCAAGCCCAGACUUUUCUCUCAACAAAUUGGCAGUCCCUAAUAUCACCAGGGGUGGGGUGUUUUUUUCUGAUGUAACAUGAACACUAAGCCCUUUUGGUAGCCAAAUGACCAGCUUCUUUGAAAUGCCUCGUUAUGAAUAGCAAGCUGCAUGUAGGCACCUCAUAGCAGAGACAAAAAAUGACUUAAAAAACACGAUUAAAAAAAAAACAAAGAGAAGAGAAUAUUUAGUUCCUUUGUGAACUGGCCAUAUGACAACUACUUUUUUAUCAACUUAUUAAGUUGGGGCACUAUACUAGCUCUUGCUGAGUUUAGCAAUGUUUAUAAGCAUGUGUUAAACACAUAACAGUUGUUUUAUGAGGAAAAAGGGAUAAAGAAGAGUAAUGUCCCAGACGAAUGUUUGAGUGUGUAGAGGCGUAACGUGUGCGUGGGUUUUUAUUUCUCCACUGUUGAGCUUAUUUUCUGGUUGAAGGUUAAAGAGAAAUAACCACAACAAAAAGAGAUUUGUUGCAUGAGAACUUUGGUUAUUGUGUUCUGCACUUUCUGUUCUUUUUUUUGUAUCAUCUUGGUUAUUGUUGUUAUUGGGGUUCGGUUUCUUUUCCAUUUCUGCCUAGAAAAGAAAAACAAAAUCGAUUUAGGAACAUUCUACUCCACGAGCCAUUGUGUGUUGGUCUGAAAUUCCAUCUUAAUAAACAUUUCAGUACGA